ACAGACUGGGCGACACGCACUUGCGCUACUAGAUUGUAGUCAAAGAUCGGGCACUGAUAGAAAAAGUGAAAACCGAGUAACAAUUGAAUGAGAGGCCUCAACCGGGCUUAUCACUGCGAAGUAGUGGACUGCCCUCACCCAAGUCUCUCCUCGUCAGCACAUCACUGUAGAGUCCCACUAGCUUCACUUCAGGACAAUUUCAUCAGCGCGCACCAUCUAACGGAACAUUUUUACAACAUCCAUCAGUAGGAGUGCCGCUUCCUUGAUGGCUAAUCCACCCCCAGAACCAACACUCACGCAACAAGCCAACGUCACAGCAGAAAAUGAUAGGGAUAUUUUCCUGGCCUGCCUCAAGGAAUUUAAGGAGCUCGGUCAGAAGCUGGAUCGCAUUAUCACCUCAGCUGAACGUCAGAGGCCCGAUCCCAUCCUCGCCUCAGCUGAACCAGUGAGCGAUAUUGCUCAUCCAUCACAUUCUGGCCCAGGAAAUGUGGAAAUCGAGGGUACCCAGUUUAAGGCAUUUCAGGGCGAGAUGGCGAAACUCAGCAGUGCCGUGAAACGCAUCGCCGACGCUGUCAAAGAUCUCAAAUCCGCGUAUCAUCUGAUUCGAAUAUCGGAAGGAUUUCGCUCUCGCUUGGCGUUGGUUUUCCGUAUUCUGCCCCUCAUCGCUUCCCCAUCAUCAAGUGCCAAACUGGAGAAGCAUUGGCUCGAUCCGCCAUUACCAUCUGUACCCAUGGACCAUUGGACGCCAGCGCAAGUCAUCCGCCAGGGUACUCACCUUGAUGAGACUAUCACCAGCAAUCCCGAUCAAAAAAUUCUCUCCAUGGGGCUUCAGAAGUUUGGCCAAAGAGUUGAUGUCUUCAAUGAUGCGUUGAAAGGCCUUCCUGGGUUUCAUGAUAUUCCAGGCUAUAACGCAAAGGAGAUCGACCAUUUAUUGCGAAAUUUCGCUCAAGAUCUGGAAUAUUGGGGGAUCACACAUUUGCACCACGUUAAGGCACACGUCGCCACCAUUCCGGGGAAAAUAGCAGGUCAUCUAGUUGAGGUCACAGGCGCUCUUGAGACAUUCAUUAACUUGGGUUUGCCAAUUGUAUUGCGUUCUGAACGGGAUUCAACAUUUCAAAAUUUGUCGACAGUCGCAGCCCUCUUUGCGAGUGUGUCCGCAACGACCAUUCAAUUCAGCUACACCCAAGCAGGUACGGGGAUUGAACAGGCAGUCAACGUCCUCUGGAUCGUCUCGCUUGUAUUUGCUAUCGCGAGUGCCAUCAACAGCCAACUGAGUUAUCAAUGGUCCUCAGUAGUAUUCACGACCCCGAUGUCGGCUCUCUCAUGGUGGGGAUCCCUAUGGAUUCGCCGGAUGCCUCUCAUCUUUCUUGUUCUAUCCGUAAUAUCGUUCUCUGCAGGCAUUGUGUGCUUCACAUUCUCUACGUUUGCGAACCAGCCGGUCAUCCUAGUCUGUGUCACGGCUGCUUCAGCAGUCUCGGCAGCAGCACUGUUCUACGUUGGACUCUGGUUCAUUGGAAAGUAUUUUGUGUUUGGGAGCAGAAAAAAGACAGAGCACGAACUUGAUUAUUUGUCCAGUUCAGCAUGGGAUUUGGCAAAGGAUCGGGUUCCGAAAGUUCUUCAAAGGGCCUGUCGGCCAGCUGUACUGUGGUGCUCUAAAUAUCAAGAGUGGUUCCUCCUGAUAUUCGGUAUUCCUGUCUUGCCUAUAACUUUAGUCAUCAUUUUCUGUCUCUUUCUUUACGAAAAGUUUGGCAUAGAGGUCGGCGAAGUAUGGGGCCAUGUUUGCGAUUUCUUUCAGCAGGUUAAGGAUCUCGCACGGAAUUGGCACCAACGACGCUUAACCAGACGCAGUUCCAUUCUCCCUACGAUGUCUGAUGCUCCAAACCAGCGCAGUGCGAUGGAGACGCGAGAAGAUAAUGACGCACCACCGUCCAAUGUUGGAGGUAAUGAUGCUGAGGCACAUGCGGUUGCUCAGUUCAGACUGAAUCUCAGGACGAUCCAACGGAGCCUGGAACUAGGCGAUGGUCCCUUGAACCCAACUUCUCCUGCCCAGAAAUUUCGUAGUGCAGUCAUCAAAGUAAUCAAGGGAAAACGUCAUGCUAGGGCAGAACUCAGAAGGAAGACGGCAUUAGCACUACAGUCCUUAUCUCCAAUUCGGUUGCCACGGGAGCACAAGGCGAUGAUCCAUGACAUUAACUUUGAUCACGAUGGCCGUUACCUUGUUACUUUUUCAGGGCACGAAAAUUAUGUAUUCAUCUGGGAAGCGAACCAAAUGGAAGUGAAGGUCGUUGAGCGAGUGAAUUUGCGGCGGCGCGGAUCUGAUCUCUGGUCUGGAGAUCACAUGAAAACAAUUCAAGUAAUGUUAUUGAGAGAGAAUCGAGUGGCGAUUAGUGAAGGAUGGUUUCUUCAGGACUUGUGGCGGCAUCUUCCGCCAUUGUGGCUGCGGCGGCGGCAAUUCUGGUGGCUGCGGCGGCAGUUCUGGCGCCUGCAGCGGCAUCUCCUGGCGCUUCUGAGGCCUGAGCCUAGCUGGUAUGGCGUUCAGGAAACUCUGCGGCUUCUGGAUGGCACGCAUCACCCUUUUGUAGGAACUCUUGAUUAUGCACUCGAGGAUGCUGUUCUCAGCCGGGACGGAACCAAGUUAUUGGGAAUAGCUACAGUGAGUGCAACGGUAGGCAAACAUUAUCUUAAGCCAUCGAAACCCCCUUCAGAAUGUCGAAUCAUUACCAUCGAAAUUCCCACCUUCGACUCCAUACGGAGGCUGAGCUUAUCUUACUCGGGCAAGCGUUUGCUUGUUAUGUCUGAUGGCAAUACGCCACCUCGCUUGUUCCGAGUUCAUCCUACGUGGCUUGUCCCAUUGCACACAUUCUACAUUCCAGAUGAGACGGAAUACCCUAUUUAUGGCCAGUUUGGAAUUCGGAGCCCUGCCCUCGUGGCAGAUGAGUCCGAGGAAGAUCAAAUCAUUAUUUGCGCUAACAAACGAGGGAAAAUCUUCAUAUGGCACCGCGAAUCGUAUCACCUCCUGCACUCGUUCACAAUUUCGAUUCCCAGAGGCGCUGAAGUCAGUGGGGUGACUUUCGGCUGUGAGCGCUUGAAGGACCACAGUUAUCUCAGGGUAGCAGCUGCAUGCACCGAUGGAACCGUCAUCAUGUGGAGCACGAAAUGGGAUCACCCCGAUUCUCCUGUCCUCACCGACGUAUUUCCGAGAGCAAGCGAAGAAGCCACUGGAGGAACCAUUGAAGGGGCUGGUGAAAGCGUCGCCGAAAAGACUGUUAGAGAAGUUUGA